UACGCAAGAUGGGGAAGAAUGUACUUCGAAAUUCGAAACUCUCAGCGAGUAGAGUAAUUGAUUACGGGCUUUCAGAUUUAAUAAAUAUAAAAUAAUGGACGUAGCUAUUUUGUCGAAGGGACGGAAGAUCCGUAGCUUUUCUUUAAUUCGACCUGAUUGUGCCAAAACUUAAAGCGAGGGCUAGUAUGACUGUGAGAGAAGUUAUAACCAUAACGUGUACCUGCUUGACAAGGAGAAUACAGAAAUAAAGAGAAGAACGGUUCUUCAUGAUUUAUCAAAACCUUUGGAAACAAUGGUCCAGCUGCGGUAAAAUUAUAUUCAGAAAGUCCAAGUCACUACAGCAGAGUCAUUUUAUCUCACAGGCGACAGGAAUGGGACGGUUUAAAGUUUACGUCACUCAUCCGAACGUGCCACAGUCUGCAAUUCAGUUGUUACAGGAAAGUUGUGAAGUCACUGUUUGGCAACAAGAAUGCCCUGUGAAAAGAGCAGAACUCAUGACGCAAAUCAAAGGAAAGGAUGCACUAUUCUGUUUGUUGACGGAUAAAAUUGACAAGGAAGUGUUAGAUAGUGCAGGGCCAGACUUAAAAGUUAUUGGUACAAUGUCCGUAGGGUACGAUCAUAUUGAUGUACAUGAAGUCAAGAAGCGUGGCAUCAAAAUUGGGUAUACUCCAGAUGUUCUCACUGAUGCAGUGGCUGAUCUUACUGUUGCCUUACUACUUGCAACUUCCAGACGACUCUUUGAGAGCCACAAUGAAAUACUGAAGGGCCAGUGGGGACCUUGGUCACCAUUGUGGAUGUGUGGACCAGCACUAAAGGGUUCUACCAUAGGCAUGGUUGGAUAUGGGCGUAUUGGGCGUGCUACUGCUCGACGUUUAGUGGCGUUUGGUGUCGGUCGCACACACUACUGGGGCCGAUCUGACCAUGGAGAUCCUGACAAUAUUGGUGCAAAAUUCUGCCCGGAGCUAACAAAUCUUCUGGCUGAAAGUGACUUUGUGGUUGUCACAUGUGCCCUAACUACAGAUACUCAUGAAAUGUUUGAUGAGAAAGCUUUUGCAGUCAUGAAACCUUCUGCAGUCUUUAUCAAUACAAGUCGUGGUGGUGUGGUGAAGCAAGAUGCACUUAUCAAAGCACUGGAGACCAAACAAAUCUGGGCUGCCGGUCUUGAUGUUACUACCCCAGAGCCAUUGUCUCCAGACCAUCCUUUGCUGAGUCUCAGGAACUGUGUUGUGAUUCCUCACAUUGGUAGUGCAACAACACAAGCAAGGACAGAAAUGGCAAUGCUCACUGCUCGAAAUAUUUUAGCUGCCUUGAAUGGAGAGCCUCUCCCGGCUGAAAUAAAGUAGAGAUGCAAAUCGAAGGAACAAUGUCUACAGUAAUCUCCCACAGAAUGUUGAAUAUCUGUAGCAUGGUUACA